GCGGAAGUGACGUUGGGCCGAGCCGAGCCGUGAACGCGCGCGGGCGCUGCGGCUUUGCCUGGCUCGCGCGGGGCCGUUGGAUCCUCUCCAGGAGCCGGCGAAGCGUUUUUGUGUCUCCCGGCUCUGGGCAUGCGCAGAUCGGGGGGCUGGGGCGAGCACCGCAUGCGCAGAGGCGGAGCUGCCCUGCUGCUGCUGCUGCUGCUGCUGCGGGGCUGGGCUGGGCUGAGCGGAGCGGAGCGGAGGGUCUGUGCCGGGGAGACCUUCAUUAACCCCCGGGCCCGGCCCGGGCCCUGCUCCCGCUGCAGCCGCCCCCUGCUGAGGAGCUGCAGCCUCCAGAGACCUGUGACUUUCGAGGAGGUGGCUGUAUAUUUCACCAGGGAAGAGGAGGCUCUGCUGGACCCCACUCCGAGAGCUCUCUACAGGGAUGUAAUGCAGGAGAACUAUGAGACUGUGGUAUGGCUGGGGUUUCCAAUUUCCAAACCUGAUGUGAUCUUGCAGCAGGACUGAGGGGAACAGCUGUGGGUCUCAGACCUCUAUGGCUCUGAAAAAAAGUGCUCCCGAGACUGUCUGCACAGGGAGUGACCUAUGUCUGGAUUCUGUCUGUCUCCCAUCAGGUGACGGGAUGGUGAGUGAGAACGAGGAGACACCCCAGCAGGAAGAUGCUGAGCAAGUAGAACCACAUGGGAUGUUAUCCGGAAUAUCCAAAGGGAAUGUUUCUGGGAGUUGUGCACUCCCAGAAAAAGCAAAAGCCUGUGAGAUUCAGCACAGGCCAGAGGAAAACUUCAGUAGCCACUCAGACCUUAUUACAUGCGAGACCAUCAGCUUGGAAGAGACAUGCUACAUAUGCCAUGAGUGUGGGAAAAGCUUCAGUGGGAACUCUGACCUUCUCACACAUCAGAGAAUCCACAGGGGAGAGAAACCCUACACGUGUUCUGAGUGUGGGAAAAGCUUCAAUCGGAGCUCACACCUCAACAGACAUAGGAGCAUCCACACAGGAGAGACACCCUACACGUGCGCUGAGUGCAGGAAAAGCUUCAAUCGGAGCUCAAGCCUUAUUAGACAUCAGAGAAUCCACACAGGAGAAAAACCCUACACGUGCUCUGAGUGUGGGAAACGCUUCAGUUAUAACUCAGUCCUCAUCUCACAUCAGAGAAUCCACACAGGCGAGACACCCUACAUGUGCUCUGUGUGUGGGAAAAGCUUCAAUCAGAGCUCAAGCCUUAUUAGACAUCAGAAAAUCCAUACUGGGUGGACACCCUACACGUGCCCUGAGUGCGGGAAAUACUUCAGUUAUAGAUCAGCCCUUACCAUACAUCAGAGAAGUCACACGGGUGACAAACCCUAUGGAUGUUCUGAGUGUGGGAAACGCUUCAUGGAUAGUUCAGCUCUCAUCACACAUCAGAGAAUCCACACAGGAGAGAGACCCUACAUGUGCUCUGAGUGUGGGAAAAGCUUCAAUCAGCGCUCACACCUUAUCAGACAUCGGGCAGUCCACAUAGGAGAGACGCCCUACACAUGUGCUGAGUGUGGGAAAAGUUUUAAGCAGAGCUCUGCCCUCAUCUCACAUCAGAGAAUCCACACAGGAGAGAUGCCCUACACGUGCUCUGAGUGUGGGGAAUGCUUCAGUUAUAGCUCAGCCCUUACGAAACAUCAGAGAAUUCACGGCGGAGAGACGUCCUACAUGUGCUCUGAGUGUGGGAAAAGCUUCAGUCAGAGCUCAGGCCUUAUUAGACAUCAGAAAAUCCACAUAUGAGAGAACUGUAAUAAAUGCCUUGAUCCUGGCUGGCCAAAGAUUGUUUUUUAAAAAAUCACAAUUGCCAAUUCCCACAUAGCGACCUUUGCACCAUGUUCACGUGGUCUUUCAGCUCCCCUAGAUGAGUUGCCUGCUUCUGCCUUUUGCAACUCCCUGUUCUUUGGGGUCAGUCCUGGGAUUUUUUUUCUAUCCUCUUCUCCUUUUGAGUUGUAGGAGUGUGUGUCCCUCCAGCCAGGAAUGUUCAUCAGUUCAAGCAGAGGAAGCCACACCCCAGAAGCUCUGCUGGGCAUGCUCCAACUGGAGAACACGUAUAAAAGCCUGCAGAGUUUCUCAGUCUGGGCUGACUGCCGGAGGGGAAGGAGACACGCCGCCAGCUCCUGAGGAGGGAAAGCCUGCACUCCAGGAUCCAGAGGCCAGCCAAGCCGAGGCCCAGAUGGAGGAUGCCCCAAAGUGGAGUACACUGUGUUUAUGUGCAGCAUUACAGAGAUUGAAGCACUGGCCUAUCUCCUUUUCAAGUGAUGAAAUAGCAAACGAUGUCAGUCUCUCAUUGGCCAUCGGCGAUCGGAGAUGUUUUGUUGAGACUAAGCUUCAGGGUGAGAAGCAGCUGGCCAAAUAAAAAAAAAAUUGUGCAGGUGCCAAAGUAGCUCAGUUGGGUGAGUGUUAGACCGAAGAUCUAGAGGUCUCUGGUUCAAUCCCAGGCUUUGGCAUGCUUUCAUCCCUCUUUGUGCAGGGGUGAGCUGUUUUCUGGAAGCACAGCAGUUUCUUUACCUGACCCGAGGCACUCAUUUCAGGUGCUGCUGUAGGAAAAGACAUGGUGGGCUUCCGCAUCUGCUUGGCUUACCUCACCUUUCUUUCUUUCUUCUCUUGCUCUUUCCCAGGAAGGGGAAGAAAAAGAAGCUCUCCUUCAAUCUGGAAUCACAAAUGAAUCAUAAGAUUGACUUCCUGGGAGCCAGCUCCAGUUCUUUGCUCUAGGCCAGUCACCUCUUGGAGCCUUGUAGCUUGGCCUCCUCUGCCCUUGGAGGUUGGCCUACAGAGACCGGCUCUUCCUGCUGGUCUCACUUGCAUGACUUGCCAAAGGAGAAAGUGAGGUGGGAAUGGGGUAAAAGAGGAAGGUAAUGCUGAAGAAGGCAGGGCAGAAGCUAAGCUAAGCUAAUCUCAGUGGAGUUAGUAGAAUGCCACCAUUCAUUCUGCCAAAGCCUGGGAAGGUGCGGUUGGCUGCUUGGAGGUAGAAUCCUGUGCCUGCCUCUGGCAUCCCAGGGAUGGCUGCUUGCAGCCCAGGAGAAGAAGCGGGGUUCUGGGUGGAAGGAAAAGUAGCAAUGGUGAGUCCUAGUGGGCUCCUUUCUGGCAAGAUAGUUUUCUGAUUUAGGUUUGGGAGGAACCUGAAAGCUGUGUGUGGACUUGUUCCAGUGAGAACUGCUGCUCCUUUCUUGCCAACCUGGGGGCGCUGGUGACAGCUUGUGGUGGGGCAGGUGCUGACUUGAGUGAAUGCAAUAUAGGAAACCCUAGCCUAAGUCCACUGCUUAUCUCCUGCCUUGUGACAACAAGAUUUAAAUCUUCCUAGCAUGUGCUGUGGAUCGUGCAUUAAGCCUACCUGGUUAGCCUGGUCAUUGCCAAAGUAGCUCAGUUGGGACUGCAUUAGAUUGAUGAUUUGAAGGUUUCUGGCCUGGUUCCAGGCUUUAGCACACCCCUUCACCCUGGGCAUGUAGUGCUAGGCUUUCUUCUGGGUUUGCAGCUGUGCCUUGAACUCAUGAAUUUUCCUAAUUUCAGAGGCAAAACUUGCAGAGGGCAGUAUGUGGGGUCAUGUGCCCUACCGGGGUUAGCUAUCCCUGCUACAUCAUGUGGUGCUGCCAGACUCCCCCCCCUCAUAACAGCUGCUGGAGGGGUAAGUGGGGAGGGUCUGCCUUUGCUGCUUCCUCUCCCUACAUUGUUCACAUGUGGGAGGGGCUGUUGAUUAUAAGGGGCGUGGCUGAACCUUGAAAUUAUGCCCCCCCUCCCCCUUUCAGGAGACUCCAGUCGUCUGUGCCUGGUUUCCAGCUCCGCAGCCAAAGGAAAAAGUGGAAUUCUUCACCUGAGUGGCCAGCUCUUACUUUCCUUCUCUUGAAGGGAAGGAAAAAAGAAUUUCUUUUCAAAACCCUUGUCCUACCAUUGUCCAAGGUGUGACUUUCUAAUCUCCUGCUACUGUGGAGGAUUUAGAGUUAGUGGGGCCCUGUGCGCAUAAAGUCCAUGCAACAUUCCACUUUCAUCCCUGCCCUAGUAUGUCUCCAGUAGCCGCUGUCCCCUGGCAGCCGCAAAGGAAGUUUCCACCCAUCCAGGAGACCCCAGCCUGGGACUAAACUCAGCUAAGGGUUCUCCUCUUCCCCCAUCUUGGACUCCAGUUCGUAUUUUUACUAUGAGUUAAAGCAGCCCAAAUCCCCAGAGUCUGGUUUAAUGUCACAAGUUUCCAGUGUCUCCAUGGAAGACAAUUUGUUAAAUCCCAGAUAAGUGGAGUUAAAUCAGUUCUCAGCCUGAGUACUUUGCUCUUAAUCCUGAGGAUAUUGUCCCACCAUGGAGCCAUUUACCACUUUUUCACACAGAAGCACAAUUUUCUUUGCACAGACACAGGAACAGCAAGAUCUUUCUCUGUCCCUUGUGCAAAGAAGGGUGUCAAAUUCCACGGAACCUUUCGCUUCUGCAAUGGAAACCAUGGACAAAUGGGGCCCUGGUCACAUCCAGCCCUGG